CUCUCUCUAUUUCUCUCCUCCUCCAGACUUUCUCUCUCAUCGCCGUGAGAAUGGCGUCUGGUUCGAAGCAAAACCCUUCAUCUUCAAAACCUCCAAGGCACCCGUUUACAAUCUCCGCCUCAACCCCCAAUAAAGCCUCUGUGGCGGAAGAAUCUCAAUUUCGAAACCCUAGCACAAGCGUCUCACCGAUUACGAUGUCACCGGAGGAUCAGAUCCUCGGAAACUCCACACACCUAACACGCCCCGAGCUUCUCCGACGAAGAUCGCACAACCUGAAGCAGCUAGCGAAAUGCUACAGAGACCAUUACUGGGCUUUAAUGGAGGAUCUCAAGGCCCAACACAGAGAGUAUUAUUGGAAGUAUGGUGUUAGUCCUUUCAAAGAAGAGAAUCAAAACAAGAGACGUAAGGUUGAUGGUGGGGAUGAAGUUGUUGCUGUUGAAGGUAGUGGAGACAAUAACGAUAACAACAACAACAAUGGUGUGAAGAGUAGUGAUCACUGUGUUGCUUGUGGUAAUGGAUGCAAGUCAAAGGCUAUGCCACUUACGAAUUACUGUCAGCUUCAUAUCUUGUCGGAUAAAAAACAGAAGCUUUAUACUUCUUGCACUUUCGUCAAUAAAAAAGCUCAGUCGAAAGCAAUAACAUGUCCAAAACCAACACUUGCGUCGACCCUUCCCGCCUUGUGUAAUGCGCAUUUCCAGAAAGCCCAAAAGGAAGUUGCACGAGCUUUGAAAGAUGCUGGUCAUAAUGUUUCUUCUUCAACAAAUAGGCCUCCACCGAAACUCCAUGACAUUGUAGCUGCCUUUGUGCAUCAUAUUCAAACAAAGAGAAAAAGUGUUCAGAAAGAUGGGAAGCUAAAAAGCUUUGUCAAAGAAGAAAUUUAAAUGGCAGAGUUCAGAAGAGUGCAGAGAAGAAAUAACUUGUUUCCACGAUUGUGCAAAAAAAAUGGAAGGUAAGAUAACAAGCGUAAUGUAUUCAUAAAUGAGAGAGAGACGUGUAGCUGAUUCUAAUAGACAGAUACUCAACUAUGUGUUGCAUCAUCAUGAAGAAAGUUUUAUUUUGUAGUUUAGAUUUUGGUUACACUAGACAUGUUGUAGAUCUUUCGUUUUCUUUGUAAAUCUUAGGCAGAGCAACGCUGCUUCUAAGGUUUCUUGUGGUAUUUUCAUUCUAUUUUGCCGUGAAUGGAGAGCUGACAGUCAAAUUCCAAUAAGUUCC